UCUCCCCCGCCCCACCUCAGAAUGAGUUGGAGUUUAGUUUCCAUCAUCCUGAGGGCCGCACUGGGGAGGAUGGUGGCUGUAGUCCAAGCAAGGAAAAUAGGGUUUACCCCUCAAAAUUAACCUCCUUGCCACUUGGUUUCGAUGGCGGCUGAGGUGGAUGAGCCACAUUUAUAGACUGCCAAGGCAGGGGAUUCCCAAAGGGAUGAAAAAUAAGCCAUUAAACAUGGUUAUAACCUUGUUAAAAUCAUGGUUUCCAUCGGGGGUGGAGUUAUUUGAGUGGAAUUUGAGGUUUUGGGGACCAAGUGAAUAACUAGGAGCCUCUUAUAUUUUCUAAGUUUUCCUCAGUACUUUCUUAAUUUCCUUUCCCUUUUUUCCUCUUUUUCUCUCUUUAAUUCCUUCCCUUUUCUAUUUUCCUUUCCUUCUUACUCUCAUCUUCCUUCCUUCUUUCCUUCUUCCUUCCUUUCUUUCCUUCCUUUCCUUCCUUCCUUCCUUCCCCUCUUUUUCUCUCCCCUCCCUUCCUCUUAUAUACAUAUAUACUGUCAAAUCAAUACAGACUCAUCAAAUAAGCAAUUAAAUAUCCAUCAUGGUUAAGGUAUCCGUUUAAAAAAUGUAAAUAAUUCUAAAGCAAUGCAGCUGCUUUUUACAAGCGGCAGCCAUAGAAGGAGAAAUUAUAAUAAAAGCGAUAAUAAAGAAUUGCACCAAAACCAAACAAUAUAAUAGCUAAAUUGAAUAGCUCAAAGAAAACCAUAUUGAAUUUUACGAUAUGGUGCAGUACCGGGUUUUCAAUUUCAAUUAUAUAGAAUGUAAAGGAUGUAUGUUUUGUGUUUUUAUUUUUAUUAGUUAUAAUGUACACUGAAGAUGGCGAAAUUUAAUUUUGUUGUACCUUGUGCAACAACAACAAACUAAACCUAAAUUAAACUAAACUAAACUAAACUAAACUAAACUAAACUAAACUAAACUAAACUAAACUAAAAAAUAAUUUAAAGAUGGCAAUAACUACCGGUAUUCAGAAACGUCUUUAGACAAGUUUCAUCUUCAUUAGUAUCUUGGAUCUAUAGAAAUUUUCUUUUCAAUGUCCAAUCUGUUCUUAAAUUGAUGCUCAUUCCCUUGUUCAGAAAUCCCUCCCCCGUUCAAAAGUACAAAUCCAGUAGUCGUAAGAGAAACCCCUAUAAAUCCUCAUUAUUUUCAUGCUGCUUCUGCCCUCAAAUGAUCAGAUUUGAAAAGUCAUCCUGCAGUCACAAGACGGAUGGAUAAAUCCUUGACCUACUGCUUUGAUCCAUGAUUAAAUCACAUAUAAAUGGUAUCUAUUCCCAUUGAUUGGAUUGCAAUUUAUCAUACUUUUAACAAUAGUGGGAAUGUCGUGAUAGUGAAGAAAGAUUUGAGCUGCAGUUUUCAUGAUUUUUUACAUUAAAGAACUUCAACUCCCCCCUAUUCCCCUGCUCUAAUCUUGCAUCAGGGUCCUUGUAUUGAGCAGCACGAACGCUGGAUUCACUGUGCCCUGGGUGCAAAUACCUGCCUCUCCAGUUGAGACCCCAUAAUAAAUCCCCUAAUUAAUUCUUUAAAUGUCUUAAAAAAUAUUGCUUCACUGCAGUUGGCAAGCAGAUUUAAAGACUACAGUUUUUUUCCCAGCCUGAUUUCCAGAUAAACUGGAUUUCAGUUUUCCUAAUCCCUAACCACCAUAGCCAAAGGAUUAGAUUCAGAGAUUAUAUACCAGCAAGCAAAUAAAAUUUUUAAAAAGUACCUGAUUUGGCAAAAAAUAGAAUGUCCUUGUUUUGUACAGUAAUGUCAAAAGAGUGAAGAUCAAUGAUGGUCAUCAACCUCCAGCCAAAACUGGCAGUAAAAGAAAGACAAAAUAAUAAUAAUAAUAAAAUGGGAGUAACUCAGGGCCACUAGAAGGAACAGGAUUGGGGAAGUAAACAGGAUUUCAAGAUAAAAGUGACGCAUUCUGCUGCCUAGGACAUGUUGGUGUUAUGAAACCAUUAAUAUGAUGCCAUAGUUUUGAUAUAUGGCAAUUCAUAUUAACAUCUGUACCUCCAUUCUCUUCCCUCCCUGCUAUGGAUCCAUGCCAAGAAAUGGAGCAAGACUGCCUCCCUUCAUAUUUAGAUUUCCCCCCCCCUCAUUUUCUUUUUCCUGUUUCUGAAGUCCACAAUAUUUUGAUGUAAUAAUGUUUGAUUUGUUUUAUUUUAUUUGUUGAACUCAAUGAAUAUUCAUUAAUAGUGAGUAGGCAGUGGGAAAGUAUCAGUCAAUCACAGGGGUGUCAAACUCCAGGCCUAUGUGCUGAAUCUGGCCCAUGGGGUGCUUAGAUCUGGCCCGCAGGGCUGCCCUGGAAACAGCAAAGGACCAGCCCGCAGUGCCUCUAGCUGUUUUUGCUGGCAGAAGGCUUCAGAAGGAUCCCUCCAGCCCCACCUGGGCCACCAUAGGUGGCCCCGAAACGCAUGAUGUCAAGCUCAAACACAAACCCUGGUGCAGCCCUCAAUAAAAUUGAGUUUUGAUACCCCUGGUCAAUCAGAAUAGAGCUGGAAGGAACUUUUGAGGUCAUUUAAUUCAACCUCCUGCUCAAGCAGGCGAACCUAUACCAUUUCAGACAAGUGACUAUCCAGUCUCAUCUUAAAAACUUCCUACAACUUCUGGAGGCAAGUCAUUCCACGUUGUUCUCACUGUUAGGAAGUUUCUCCUUAAUUCCAGGUUGCUUCUCUCCUUGAUUAGUUUCCAUCCACCCACUGGAUCUAUUGGGCCUGAUAUAGUUGCAAUCAUCCUUUUUCAGUCCAUAUAAGACCAGACUGUACAGUAAUACUCAGAUGAUGGUGGUGGUGAUGAUGAUGUGCCAGUUUCUGCCUUCCUCACCAUCUUUUAAAGAAAGGAUUAUGUGGAUAAAGAAACAAACGUAGUCAACAUUUUAUCAAUUUAGUAACACGAACACAAUCUUCUAUAUAAAUGUAUCCUUCAGUUGCUUAUAUUUUCUCCCUUAAUGGAGGAAUGUUUCACCUUUGUUUCCAAUCCAAUAUAUCCAUCCAGCCUUAUCUAUAUGCCUGGGUUUUUUCCCUCUACUUCUCUCUCCCUCUCUUUUUAUAAUUCAUUUGCUUAUUUUAACCUGUAUCACCUUUCCAAUUCUACUUUUCCAUCCAUCCAAUUCUUUUUAUAACAUCUUACCGGUAUUAAAAAUUUAAAUACAGAAUAAGAACUAACAACCAAUAUUUGGAAUGAAAAAAAAAAGAAGAGCAAAGACAAAAAUACAGAAAUAAAAAAGUCAGUUUCAAUUUUCUUUUACUGCAGUUAUAAAUAUAAAAUAGCCUUUUGUUCUAUGGUUACAGCAUUAGUGAUAUCUUCUUUAUAACCUUUUAUUUUUAUUCUAAUCUUCAGAACCCUAUAUCAUGAUUUAAUUUUUUUUUUGUUUCCCGCAAAAAUUCAAAUUCAAUUACAAUUCUUUCUAGAAAACAAUCUGACACAUUCUUAUUCACAAUAGAAGCUGAGAAAAAUCUACCUUGCCUCUCUGCCUUGCAGCAUGGAUUGGUUUCAUUGCAAUCAGUGCUUCACCCAAGAGAAAUCUGACUUUUCGGUUACUAGCUGUGGACAUAUAUUUUGCCAAAAAUGUGCCGGUACAGACAAAUGCCCUUCUUGUGGAACAAGCUGCAAAUAUUUGUCUCUAAAAGAUAAUAUGAAGCAAGAAGAAAAGAAGUUUUUCAAAAACCCUGUUGAAACAGCGCUCAACUAUAUUGCUCAUAUCUCUCAGGUAUGGACAUUCCAGAAGAGCCAGAUGGACCUGCUGGUCUCUUUCUACAAAAAUAAUGCUUCAAAAGCCGAAGGAGCACUCCAGCAAGCUCUCCACAAACUAACUAUCCAGGAAAAAGAACUAGAGGCUGUACAGAAGGAAAAUAGGGAACUGAAGAAGAAGUACUUCAACCUGAAGGCUUUUCCCAGACAACACCAGGGUAGCAGAAACAGCACCCCAAGGCCAAUUGCCAUCACUCCUCCGUCACAGACAGUUACACCGCAACCAAUUUUCCAGCGCUCCAGUGAGGUGGUCAGCCGCUCGUCUUCUAUGGAUUCCAUUUCUUCCAGAGUCAGCCGCCCACCAAGCUGGCAGCAUACCACCAGAACCACACGAACGACCCCGGCGGUCUCUGCGAAUGCCACUCCGUCUUCAGCCUCCAUGCAGAGCUUAUUCUACAGGGCCUCUCCUUCCACUUCCCACACCCCCAGUUUCAAUGUCUUCAGUCUUCAAACUCCGACGGCAAGACUAAGUCAGAGUGCUAAUAACCCUGGGCAGCCACAGGAAACUCCGUACUUCAACCUCAGCAUCUUUCCCGAUCCAACAGGUGCUUCUGUUCCUGACCACAAUGCUGAAAGACUGCGCCCUCUACAGCUGAGAUUCACACCUCACUCUACACCAUCCUUUCCCCACAGGUAUUCAUCCAUCAGCCAAAUCCAUCAGCAAUAAUGGGGAUGACCAAAGCAGCUGUGCUCUUAAACAUCAUCCUAAUGUUAGAUGCAAGAUAGACUCUUCUGUGCAGAUUUCCUGCAGUAUAAAUCUUCUGAAUAUUUGAACCUGAUUAAAAAGCAAUCCAUUAGUAAUUGAGUGAUGCCAUUAGGAGACCCUGUUUUGAUUAAAAUUCUUUUAAAUAUUUUUUGUGACUUGAAAUAAGACGUUCACAGUUGCUUGAAGCCAACUGGUGUAUGAAUCGUAGUAAAUAAAUAAAAAUUAUUAUGCAAGGCAAAGUAUAUUUAUGGCACUUGGCAUAUGUGACAUAAUUUUAAAACAAAUCCCUAUAAAGUCUUUGAGGAAAAUGGCUAAAAUUAGCUGGUGAACUCUGCAGUAGCAUUAUUGAUACAUGGUGUUUUAACUGUCAAAUAUAGCCCAUUAAGUAACCUGUGGAUCCUAGCUUCAAUCUUACUUUGUGACUAGAUUUGCUAAGAAAAUGUAUUACGUUGUAUGUUCUCUGAGCUAAAAUGCUUUGUGUACUUCCAAGAUGAAAUAUUCAAACAAUUUGACCCAGGUUGCCCAUAAUGUAGGAUUAUUGUAUUUGCAACCAAUGUUGUUUUGCAAACUGAAACAAAACAGACAAGUCUUUAAAAAAACUAUACUUAGAAAGAGGAAAAAGACAGAUAUAAUUUACUGAACAUAAUUAUCUAUUAACUCAUUCAAUUUAUUAAGUAACCAAUCCACAAAUCAAAUUAUUCCGCUCAGUUCUAUCUUUAAGUUACAGCCUUUGAACAUUUCACUAAGUACGGCAUAAUCCAUGUACCACUUUCUUUUUACCUAAAGUUGUUUAGCUUAUUUCAGUAUUUUUGAAUUCUCUUGCCUGCAGAAUAUUUUUGUAAAGAUUCUACUUAAAAAAAAAUUGAAAAUGGUAUUUAAUAAAUAGAAAUUUUAAAGUACA